AUGCCAGUUUCUCCCAGCCACUAUGCUGCGCGGUGCAAAUUGUUCUGGUCCGUCGUUGCCCGCCUGCUGCCAGGUGAGACGGUGUUGAUACAUGCCGGGGCAGGAGGCGUGGGCCAGGCGGCCAUUAUUCUUGCCCAAUUAGCCGGUGCUGAAGUCUUUACAACUGCUGGUACUGAGGCCAAGCGCAACCUUUUGAUCGAUAAAUUCCACCUCGACCCUGAUCAUGUCUUCUCGAGCAGGGACUCCAGCUUCGUCGAAGGUAUCAAGACCCGCACGAGUGGCAAGGGGGUCGACGUGGUUUUAAACUCGCUGGCUGGGCCUCUCCUUCAGAAGAGCUUUGACUGUCUGGCUAGGUUUGGUCGGUUUGUGGAAAUCGGCAAGAAGGAUCUUGAGCAGAAUAGCCGACUCGACAUGUCGACUUUCGUCCGGAAUGUCUCCUUCUCCUCCGUUGAUAUCCUCCACUGGCAGCAAGCGAAGUCUGCUGAAAUCUUCCAGGCGUUGUCCGAGGUCAUCCUGCUGUUGGAGCGAACCGCAAUCGAUCUGAUUCAGCCAAUAUCAGAGUAUCCUAUGUCGGCCCUGGAGAAGGCAUUCCGCACUAUGCAGAGCGGCCAGCACGUUGGGAAGAUUGUUGUGACAGUAACCCCCGGUGACGCGGUCCUCGUUCGUCAGGAACAAAUGCCACUAUUGCUGAAGCCUAACGUGUCGUAUAUUAUUGCUGGGGGCUUGGGUGGUAUCGGACGGUGGAUCUGCGAAUGGCUGGUCGAUCGCGGGGCGCGAUAUCUCAUCAUUCUGUCUCGAACUGCUCGCGCGGACCCGAUCGUGACGAGUCUCCAGGAGCGGGGGUGCACCGUUUCUGUACAUGCCUGUGAUGUGGCCGACGAGAGCCAGCUUGAAGCGGCUCUCCAACAGUGUCGGGCGGAGAACCUGCCCCCGAUUCGGGGCGUCAUCCAAGGGGCGAUGGUUCUCAAGGACGCCCUCGUCUCGCAAAUGACGGCGGACGGGUUUCAUGCCGCGCUGCGGCCCAAGGUUCAGGGAAGUUGGAAUCUGCACCGAAUUGCAUCGGACGUGGGUUUCUUCGUGAUGCUCUCAUCCUUGGUGGGUGUCAUGGGAGGCGCAGGACAAGCCAACUACGCGGCUGCCGGAGCGUUUCAGGAUGCGCUCGCAGAACACCGCAUGGCUCACAACCAGCCAGCGGUCACCAUCGACCUCGGAAUGGUCCAGUCAAUUGGGUAUGUGGCAGAGACAGAUUCUGCAGUGGCGGAGCGACUCCAACGGAUCGGCUAUCAACCCCUGCACGAAGAGGAGGUCCUGGCCGUCCUCGAGCAGGCUAUAUCUCCUGCGUGUUCCCCUGCCGCACCCACACGGCCUGCGGUCAUCGUCACUGGCAUCAACACCCGCCCAGGCCCUCACUGGGCACACGCCGACUGGAUGCAAGAGGCUCGGUUUGCGGGGAUCAAGUAUCGUGAUCCGUUGAGGGACAAUCAUGGAGCUUUGUCGCUGACCCCGGCCGAAGAUGACAAUCUGCACGCCCGGCUGAACCGUGCAAUCAACCAACAGGAGUCCAUCGCCGUGGUCAUGGAGGCGAUGAGCCGCAAGCUCAUUUCAAUGUUCGGCCUGACCGAUAGCGAGAUGUCCGCCACUCAGACAUUGGCGGGGAUCGGCGUGGACUCCCUGGUCGCCAUUGAGCUCCGGAACUGGAUCACAGCCCAGUUCAAUGUUGAUAUCUCGGUUUUCGAGUUGAUGGAGGCCCGAACGAUCGCCAAAGUCGCGGAGGUGGUGCUGCAGCGAUACAAACCUUAG